ACAUGGCCGAUAUCGACCAAGCCUUGGGAGCUACCAUAGAGAGGUACUUUGUCGAGUUCCUCAUGAAAUUCAAAAACAAUGCUGACGAUGCUGAGCCGGCCUAUGUUACUCAAGUUCGUCGCAUGCGUGCUGAGGAAAUGCAUACUCUCUUCAUCGACUAUACCCACUUUGAGAAGUUCUCUGAAAUGGAAGGGGACAACUUGGACUUCGACCCCUUGGACCUGCGUAAUGUGAUCGCCAAGCACUACCUCAAGUUGGAGCCCAACCUAGUCAAUGCUCUGCAGACUUUCAUCGUCAGCAUCUCGGCAGAGAUCGCUCAAUGGGCCCUCCAGACCAACCGCUUCAGUGUGUCCUUCUACAACGUGGAACAGAGACACUCUUUGCGCGAUCUCCGCAUGGGGAAUCUCGGGCAGCUUGUCACUAUUACCGGCACUGUGACCAGGACGUCAGUGGUCCAGCCCGAGCUGCUCAUUGGAACGUUCGAGUGCUCCGAAUGUACGCGAGAGAUCAGCAAUGUCCAUCAGAACUUCAGAUUCACCGAGCCCAUAAUAUGUCCGAACCCUAGGUGUCGUAACAAGCAGGGCUUCAUCCUUAAGCCUCAUCAAUCCACCUUCACUGACUGGCAGAAGAUUAGGGUACAGGAACAUGCCAAUAGGAUUCCUGCUGGCAGCAUGCCUAGGAGCGUUGAUGUGAUUGUGAGGGGCGAUAUCUGCGAGAGGGUUAAGCCCGGUGAUAAGAUCCAAGCUGUGGGAAGCAUGAUCUGUGUGCCUGACGUACCUGCGAUGAUGAAGCCUGGAGAGAUGGCUACUGCAGUGAAGCGUGAACAGACGAAGCGGUUCGCGACUGAGAUGUCGGCAGGCAAUGAGGGAAUCUCUGGGCUCAAGCAGCUUGGUGUCAGAGAGCUCACUCAUAAGAUAUCAUUCUUGGCCACGUACGUCGAAUCUGACAGUCAGUGGAAAGGAGGGGACUUGCGGACCCCAGAGGUAGCUAGUUAUGAUGAGGGGCGGCGAUGGAGGGGAGUAUCCGGAAAUUCAGGAGGCUAUGACGGUAUCGUCCAUCACCGUUUGAGUGAUUUGGAGAUCCUUAUGGAGCAGGCUGAGCAUCGAGACAGACUGAAGGAGAUCUCGGAGCAUGCCGACCCGUUUACUCGGCUUGCCAAGGCCAUCGCCCCUGGUGUAUGUGGGCAAGAGGACGUCAAGAAGGGCAUCUUGCUCCAGCUCAUUGGUGGGGUGCCGAAGGUGACGAGGAAGGAGGGCAUGAAACUCCGAGGUGACAUCAACGUCUGCAUCGUUGGUGAUCCCAGUACAGCCAAGAGCCAAUUCCUCAAGUGGGUAUCCGAUUUUCUUCCCCGUGCGGUCUACGCUAGCGGCAAGGCUUCCACUGCCGCUGGUUUGACUGCAGGAGUUGCUCGCGAUCCCGAGUCGAACGAUGUGAUCAUCGAGCCUGGUGCCCUCAUGCUCUCGGAUAACGGUGUCUGCUGUAUAGAUGAGUUUGACAAGAUGGAUGCAAAGGACCAGGUGGCUAUUCAUGAGGCUAUGGAGCAGCAGACUAUAUCCAUAUCGAAGGCGGGCAUACAGGCUACGAUGAACGCUCGAGCCUCCAUUCUGGCCGCCGCCAAUCCAAAGUGGGGUCGAUACAAUCUGGCCGCUGGUCUGCAGCAAAAUGUGGAUAUUUCUCAGCCGUUGAUGUCCCGAUUCGACCUUUUCUAUGUUCUUAUUGACGCGCCCGACUUGGAGGACGAUCGGCAGAUAGCACAGCAUCUGCUCAAGACACAUGUUAGAGGUUCCAGAGGGUCUGGCGAAAAUGCUGACGUUACGGCGACCGAUUUGAGGCUCUACAUAAACGAAGCCCGCAAGAUCCAGCCUAGAAUCACAGAGCGUGCUCGAGUGCUCAUCGUGAAGUACUAUGUCAAGUUGCGAGAAGCUGAGAAGGGUAUGUUCAAGAGAGCGUACCGAGUCACAGUCCGCCAGUUGGAAUCGCUGGUUCGACUUUCGGAAGCUGUGGCGCGAGUGUUCUGGUCUAAGGAGGUAAAGGGAACUCACGUGGAGUUGGCGUACCAACUCGUUAGAGGAAGUAUCAGGAAAAUCGAUCAGACUGAUGUUGAGAUUGGUGAUGAUGGGGAAGCAGACGAUGAAGAGUUGCCCGAUCAAGAUGGGGAUGUGGAUAUGCAGGAGGCAGCCCCAAGGCCAAGGGCUCGACGCGAACGUAUCAGUUUCGCUGAGUAUGAACAGAUAGCUCGUUCGCUCGCCUGGUAUUUGGACCACCGUGAGCAGCUGGGACAAACCACCACUGAGGAGGAGCUGAGCAAUUGGUAUCUCGAGCAGUUGGAGAGCCAGCUCCACUCGGAGGAAGAAAUGGACCGCUUCACUGCGAUCGUUACGAUGGUCAUCAAAAGGCUCGUGGAUGUCGAUAAAAUUCUGUGUGUAAUUCGGGAGAGCCCCGAUAAGGACAAGCCAGAGCAGAGGACUUUGACGAAGCAUCCUAACUUCGUCGUGGGUGAGCACGUCAGUCAAAUGAUGGCUUCAGAUGUUGCUCCCGCCGAGGGAGAUUCAGCCUGAGCUGCGAUAGAAUCGCCG